AUGGUAGAGUGGAAGAUCCUCUACUGGAACGUUGCGAAGGCGUACGAGAGGGUGAGGAGGGAUGCGGUGGAGCAGAGAGAUCGCUACGACAUAAUAGCAAUCCAGGAACCUAGAGUAAGAAGCGAACGAGUAGCCCAUACUGCCCGGCAGGCUGCCGAUACUGGGUACGGCGCCGAAGAGGCACUGACAGUCUGGUCGGUAUACUCCCCAGGCCAGGGGCCAGGGGAACCAUACGAACAAUGGAAGACACCACUCAAAGAGCUUGCAGAGAGACAGCCGCGGGGCCGUAAUGUGGUUGUAGGGGAUAUGAAUCUCCACCACCCGAUGUGGGAUGCAGAAGGCAGAACAAGCCGGGGCGUGGGCCUGCUCCACGGCCUCGCAGAGGUCUGGGGGCUCGACCUUAUAACACCAUGGGGCGAGGUUACCCGCUACGGGAACGCAACAAGGGGGGAGCGAGACAGCACCAUCGACCACGCAUGGGUCACAAAAACCUCUACAGCGGUGUACCACGGACCGGGGGACCCGUGCUUAGGGGGGUCAGACCAUGUCCCACAACGAAUCUCGGUCUACGACGAGAGGCAGAAAAGAGAGCGUAGCGAAGUCCUAGAGGGCUGGAGCUGGGGCUUAAUGAACGAGGAGCAAGUCGAAGAGCUAGCGAAAGCUAGGAUCACUGUCCCCGAACGAAUCGAACACCCGGAGCAAGUGGAACCCUCCUUCAACAAACUACUAGAGGAGCUAAUUGGAAUCGCCAACGAGGCGGUCCCACGGAGAAAGCGUAGUAGCGGAAGGCAGGCCAUCUGGUGGAACAUUAAAAUCAAGAACGCGACGAGGAGAACGCGAAAAGCCUUCCGAGACUGGAGAGCUGUGAGGACGCCGUGGCGCCGCGAAGAACUCGAAGAGGCGAGGAGAGCACAGAGAGCUAUCAUCAGAAGGUCGCAGACGAAGUGCUGGAGGCAGGGUAUCCACGAAGCAUCGGCCGACCCCCAGAAGCUGUGGGCUAUAGAGAGGUGGGCGAGGCUCCGAAGCCAUAUCGCGGCGGCACCACCAAAGAUCCCCUCCCUGACCAAGGAGGACGGAGGCACAGCAGAGACGCAUGGGGAGAAGUCUAGUAUCCUCGCAGACCGGUUCUUCCCUACCGUUAUACCAGGAGUCGACCCGGGGCCGCGGGGAUAUAGCCACGGGCCCGAUAAGGAGUACGAGUUCCUCCACCAGGAAGUGACCAACGAGGAUAUUAGAAAGACCCUGGCAAGAACAGCAAACAACAAGGCACCUGGGGAGGAUGGACUUUCCAACGGGUUCUUAAAGGCCUGCGGCGAACCCCUCUACAACGCAAUGGCGGUCCUUACAAGAGGGAGCCUCGCGCACGGAGUGUUCCCGCGGCGAUUUCGCAGCGGAAGAGUAGUGGUACUUAGGAAGCCCGGUAAGUCAGAGGAGCAACAAAAAACAGCGGGCGCCUGGAGGCCGAUCACCCUCCUCAGCAGCGUUGGGAAAGUCGUCGAAAUGGUAAUCGCAGAACGCCUCUCCCGGGAAGCGGAGAAGCAGGGAUGGCUCCCCGAGGGGCAGAUGGGGAACCGCAGCGGCCGCUCCACGGAAUUCGCGAUCAGGGUGGUCACGGAUGCCGUACACGAGACCUGGCGGCAUAAGGCGAACGCAUCUCUCCUUCAACUAGACCUCAAAGGGGCCUUCGAUAGGGUACACCACGGAUGGCUCACAAGGACCCUUAGAGAACUGGGGGUCCCGCUGUGGACCCUUAGAUGGGUCGAUUCGUUCACCGCUGGGAGGUCGGCAAAACUCUGGUUCGAUGGGACGAUGUCCGAAAGGUACGAGGUGGCCGCAGGGGUCCCGCAGGGGUCCCCCCUCUCCCCAAUCCUCUUCCUUCUGUUUAUCUCAACACUCUACAAGAGGCUCGAGGUAGUAAGGGGGGCAAUCGUGGUAGGGUUCGCAGACGACACAAAUAUCCUGGCCGUAGCGGAGACGACGGAGGGUACCUGCGGCAUCCUAGCGGAGGCCUGGGGACACUGUGCAGGUUGGGCAGCAGAGAGGGGUAUGGAAUUCGAGCCAGCGAAGAGCGAACUAAUCCACUUUUCGAGAGCAAGGGCCCCGAUCGAGAAGACCCUAACGAUCGGGGGGGUAGAGCUGAAACCAGUUGAGGAUGCUAGAUUCCUUGGGGUUUGGCUCGAUAGGAAGCUGAGGUACCGCGCACACCUCGCGGCGGUGAGGAAGAAGAUGAAGACCCAGACCUGUGCCCUAACAAGGCUCGCGGCAAAGACGUGGGGGUGUACCUUCGCGAGGGCGAGGGAGAUCUACUCGAAAGUGAUCCGCAGUGCGAUCGCGUAUGGAGCCUCAGCCUUCCACACCCCUACAGAGGUAGGGGGCCCCCCCCGCGGGGCCGCAAAGGAACUCGCAAAGAUCCAAUCGGAGUGCCUCAGGGUGGUCGCUGGGGCCUACAAGGCUACCCCAAUACGGAGCUUGGAGACAGAAACCUAUUGCCCACCCAUCGACCUGUACCUCAACAGGAGGCUCCUUGCCUUCGAGGAUCGGGUUAGGAUAUCAGAGGAGGCGAGGCUAAUCCGCCAGACCCCUGCCACAAUCGCUGCGAUCCUGCGGCGGAGGCGCAGAAGGGGGAGGGGAAGACCUCGGCGGGAGAUAGACGAUAUAGCAACGGCACCAGCGGAAAAAGGCUCGGGAGAAUGGAAGAAGAGGUGGGCACAGGAGUGGGCCCCCCUCGAGUCGAGGCCGGAAAAGGAGGAGCUAGAGCCAGGGUCAACCGGCCCAGUACCAAACCACAAGAAACAGCUCGAGAGGUGGAUGGAGGAGGCAAUGAGAAGGGAUUGGAUUGGAAGAUGGGAGAGUGAGGUAGCUAGGGUGGUCGCUAGGAACCCGGGGCGGGCCCUCGAACCGGCCGAUGCGACCGCGCGGUUCGACGCCUCUAUCAUGAACCGACACCGGUCGAGGGACCCAGCCUGGGAGCUAUCGAAGGCGAAGAGUACUCUCCUAGUGCAAGCGAGGACCGGGAAGAUUGGGCUUCGAGGGUUCCUCUUUACUAGGAGGGUCCCCGAGGUAGUAACGCCGGUAUGCCGCUGCGGUAUGGCGCGCGAGACAUUCGAACACCUCGUACUCGAAUGCAACGGAGCCGCAGAUAAACCUCAUCCCUGGCCAGACGACGGCGCAGAGCUACUGGAGUGGCUAGAUGACGUGGAGAAGGCUGCCAUAGUGGUGGGGUGGGUGCUUGGGCUGGGGAGGCUGAACGAGUUCCGGCUGGCGGUAGAGCUGGAAAAUGAGAACAACGAAGAGGCCCGCGGCGGGGCCGAAGCGGAGUAG